AUUCCACCGGCUGUUGCUUCGAUUUGAGUCGGGGAUUUGAAUCCGAACCUAUCUCUGUCAUCUCUCAAACACAUCGACUGCAGAAUUAGGGUUACGGUUUUCAUCCCAUGCGCGGAAGGCUCUAGGGUUAGGGUUUCUGUAAUUUCUUGGAUCUAUAUUCCUCUCUCUCUUCCAUGCCUAGGAAUCUCUAGGGUUAGGGUUUUGCAAAUCGAGCGAGCGGAGCGAUGUCUGGCUACGAAGGUAGAUACGAGGGCUACAACAAUUGGAGCUCGGCCACUCAGGCCAAAGGUGGAGGAGGCGAAGACUACGGCGGAGGUUCUUCUCCCUACGACGCUUUCGAAGAUCGAGAUUCGCAGCGGCAGCACAAUUCUCGGGGAUCAGAACAUGAAAGGCCAAGGACUAGAGAAAGGGAUCGGGAGAGGGAGAAAGAUCGGGAUCGCCAUCACAAGGACCAUUAUAGGGAAAAAGGUGUGAGGGAUGAAAGAGGAAGGGACAAAUCUGAUGAUUAUGAUCGUCAUCGAAGCCGUGAUUAUGACAGGCACCGUGAUUAUGAUCGAGACAGAGAAAGGAGACAUAGACAUAGAUCACGUUCUCGUUCAAAGGAUAAAUCUAGUAGGAAUCGAUCCAGAUCACGCUCUCGCUCUCGUUCAAAAAGUAAACGGGCAAGCGGUUUUGACAUGGCACCGCCUGGUGCUGCUGCAAUGCCUGGUACUGCCAUUGCAGGGCAAAUGCCAGGGGCUCCUCCGGCCGUGCCGGGAAUGUUCCCAAGCAUGUUUCCUUUCGGGACGCCUCAGUUUGGGACCCUUCCAUUGAUGCCAGCACAAGCAAUGACUCAACAGGCAACAAGGCAUGCACGCCGUGUAUAUGUUGGAGGCCUUCCUCCUAUGGCAAAUGAGCAGACAAUUGCAACGUUUUUUAGCCGUGUUAUGUCUGCUAUUGGAGGAAACAGUGCUGGUCCUGGUGAUGCUGUGGUUAAUGUGUACAUUAAUCACGAGAAGAAGUUUGCUUUUGUGGAAAUGAGAACUGUUGAAGAAGCGAGCAAUGCAAUGGCAUUAGACGGGAUAAUGUUUGAGGGAGUUUCUGUGAGGGUUCGGAGACCUACUGAUUACAACCCUUCAUUGGCUGCGGCACUCGGACCAAGCCAACCCAGCCCCCAUCUGAAUUUAGGUGCUGUUGGUCUCACACCAGGGUUGGACAUUGUUGACAGUUCAAUUGGUGGAGCAGAGGGACCUGAUCGUAUCUUUGUAGGUGGAUUGCCGUACUAUUUUACAGAAGCACAGAUACGGGAGCUGCUAGAGUCCUUUGGGCCUCUGCGUGGAUUCGACCUUGUCAAGGACAGGGACACAGGAAACUCAAAAGGUUAUGGUUUCUGUGUCUAUCAGGAUCCAGCUGUGACAGACAUUGCUUGUGCGGCACUUAAUGGUCUGAAAAUGGGUGAUAAGACUCUAACUGUUCGCCGUGCUACUGCCAGCAGUGGACAGGCAAAACCUGAUCAGGAGAUCAUUUUAGCACAGGCACAACAACAUAUAGCUUUCCAGAAAAUGGUCUUGCAGGCUGGUGGCACACCUUUGCCUGGUGUUGGGUUGGUAUCUGGUCUGGUUGCUGAAAACCCAACUAAGGUUGUCUGCUUGACUGAGGUGGUAACUGCUGAUGAGCUGAGGGAUGACGAAGAGUAUGAAGAAAUAUUGGAGGACAUGAGAGAAGAAGGCGGGAAGUUUGGGCCACUACUGAAGGUUGUUAUUCCUCGUCCGGACCCAACUGAGGAGGGCAUUCCAGGAGUUGGAAAGGUGUUCUUGGAGUAUGCCGAUACUGAGGGUUCUGCAAAGGCGAAGGCUGCACUCAAUGGGAGGAGAUUUGGAGGUAAUAUUGUCACUGCUGUCUAUUACCCUGAAGAGAAAUUUUCCAGUGGAGACUACGAGUAAUCUAUAAGCAACGUGUUCCCUUCUGUACAGUAUAAUCUUAUUAUUAGUUGCUGAAUGACAUCAGUUUUUAUAUAAAUUUUUUUACUGGGUCUUGUUUUCUCUUCAUCAAAAUCUAUUGUCUAUGUUAAAGCUUUAACCUGUGGUGAUGCAUGCAUUCUCCUGAUCCAAUGGUUCUCGUGAAUUGGGGAAACAGUUCGUCGAUUACCUCAGCCAUGUUGAUGGUUGAGCUGGCAAUGCAAGAAAUUUUGAGAUGGAUCAUUUAUGGUCUCUCUCUCUCUCUA